CUACUCAUCAAGACCUUCGGCAUUUGGUCGCACGCCGUCCACCGCGACUGACCGUGCUCGGGAUAAAUAGAUACAACUCGUGUUUUAUUGACUCUAAAAUCGAAACAAACGUCGCGGUGUAAUUAAAUCUGGUGCAAUUAUAAUUAAUUAGUGAUUAAUAAAUUAAAUAAAAUUUAUAAUUAAGUGUCGGUAUUUUUCUAGUGAUUUUGUGAAGAAACAAAGUUGCAUGAAAGUGCAAUGGAGAGGAACAAAAAGAGUGCUUUGAGUUUAGAGUGAUUUUUGGAGGGACCAAGAAUUAGCAGCUACGGAACCUGGAGGGUUGGAGGGGCGCGUGAGGGCCGAUGGGAUGCAUCUACCAGUGGACUCGGUUGGUUGCGGGGAGAAUUACGAUUCCGUCGGGUCCUCGCAGCAAGGAACGCACUCGCGGUACCCCGACGACGUUGACGGGAACCGCGCGACUGCCGUGGGCGCUCCUCUGGGCUCCGUCAACGGGAGCGGGGGCGAAAUGAGCGAGGGAGCCGCCGUCGGGGAGCUCUGGUGGACCGAGAGGCUCGUCGGAGAGGCCCAGGCUGAACAUCCUGGGGAGCUUGUCAGGACUGGGUCGCCGUACUUCCUCUGCAGCCAAUUGCCGACGCACUGGCGGUCGAACAAGACCCUUCCAGUGGCGUUCAAGGUCGUGGCCCUCGGGGACGUGGGUGACGGGACCCUGGUGACAGUAAGGGCUGGAAAUGACGAAAAUUGUUGUGCAGAAUUGAGGAACUCGACGGCGUUGAUGAAGAACCAGGUGGCGAAAUUCAACGACCUGAGGUUCGUCGGACGGAGUGGCAGAGGGAAAAGCUUCAGCAUCACAAUAACAGUAUCUACAACACCUCCCCAGGUGGCAACUUACACCCGGGCGAUAAAGGUGACCGUCGACGGCCCCCGGGAGCCUCGCUCAAAGACCCGGCAGCAACAUCAGCAAUUCCGUGCUCUAGGAAUUGGCCAGCGGCCUUUUUUGGACGCGCCUACUUCCUUCACGAGCCACUUAAGGGAGCUGGAGUCCUACAGGCGCACCAAGCACCACCACCAGAACCACCUUCAUCUAGCUAACAACAAUAACAACAACAACAACAAUAACAACAACAAUAACAAUGGAAGCUGCGUAAGCAACGGGAACCCAAACGACUCGCCCAACUCGGGGCACUUGGGCGCCAGCAGCACCUCCACCCACCAAGACUGCUACAAGCACAGUCCGCACAAUGAUGCAAAUGCAACAGAAUGGACUUAUCCGACGGCCCCAACGUAUCCAGCUCCAACAGGCAGUGACGCUGGAUCUUACUCUCCAAUUCCUGGGGCGUUUUCUUACCCUGGAGAAUCGCUGUCUCAUCACCCUACGACUGAACCCGUUCCUUUAACAGCAGUGCUGUCACCAGAUCAGCAAGACACCUACACACCAAACUGCGUAACAAUGUACCCGACGCACAGUAAUUCCUCGCUGCCCUUAGUGCCCUCGAAGCAGGACUCAGAAAUAUUCUCCGGGCCUGGAAACGGAAGCCCGGCCUACCACUACGGGUCCUGGACCCCAGGCCCAACCACCCCCGUGCCAGUGCCCUCGCACAACUACAACCCGAACUACCACCAAGGUUACUACAAUAACCCGAGCCAGAAUUACAUCAGCCCGACCCCGAUGGUCCUGUACCCGCAACUCUACAGCACCGUCAACCAAAAUCAAAUCCACCUGCACCUCCACGGAGACCUUUCCGACGACCAGGUCACAAUCGCCAGUGGGAACCUCACCAUCAGCAGCAACAGGCUCGAAAUUGGUGUAAUGGAGGAAAACGAGCAGAGAAACGAUGUCUGGCGUCCUUAUUGAUGUCCAAACUCAAUUCAAUGUUUAUUGUGACACGAACGCUUUAAUAAGUGUGUGAUAUAUUGUAUGUUUUUAGUUUUUAAUUAUCUUCUUUUUAUUGAUAAAUUGUACAUAUGUGGAAUAUUUUCCCAGUUAAUAAAAAAUCAAGUUAAAUAUCA